AAUGUCUCAUUGCGUUAUUCUCAUUGGUUGCUGAUACUGCUUUUCGAAGUAAAUCGGCUCCCCCUACUGCACACUUCCUGGAUAAGCAAAUAUAUUUAACGAAGCGACUUAACGCCGUCGCUGGGAGCGAAAAGAUGAGGGUGUCUUUGGGAUGGGUCCUCAAGCUUAACAGACACUGAAUUUAAAGAAGACCAUUCAUCUAAUUCAACACAUCCUCAGUGAACUAUUAGCCACAACGCUUCCUUUUUUCAUUUCCCUUUUUUUGGAGAAUUGGGAAAAUGCAAAUCAGAGCAGAGUUUGUAAUUAACUUUCAUGGAGUGCAAAUACUUGAUUUUGUGGCAUUUUUCAAUAGGAUGAAAUCCUGCCAUCCAGAGGUAUUGCCUUAGGGUGAAUCAACACAGUCCAAGUCUUAUGAGCCCCAGUAACUUGUCUUCCUUUGUUUUCCUGCUCUCUCCUGUGAGAGAUGUGCAUCUAUGGAGGUCAGUUCUGAAAAUGCCACAUCUUUUGACACUAUAGUCACUACGGGUGAUUUGAUCCCCUUGCAACACUUGAAAACAGCAUGUCGAGGGGUCUUAAAUGUACACACUGCGAAAAAGUGCGUCAUAUUUAUCUGACAUUUUUCUACAUCAGUGUAGCAUUUGUACAUUUCUAGACUAUUUUGUCCCCUCUCAGUUUAGCUUCAGUGAAUAGCUAUACUGCCAUUUUUUAACCUCAAGAAACAGAAACUUGUGUGUAUACAACGUUGUACACUGUUAUACAUUAUGAUGUUCCAUAAUUAACAACACUAAACAAAGCUAUAGUUAAAUAAUUUAAGUAUAUUUUUCAUUUGUUCGACUCAAGGUUAUUUUAUAAAAUAUAAGUCUGAAAUAUUUUAGUAUUUAGCCUAUAUUACAUUUAUUCAGUAUUAAUAUUAUUUAAGGUUUUCCUUUUUUUGAGAAAAAAGGCCUUCUUGCUGCUUCAGAGAUUGUUUGAACAAGUCUUAUUUUAAUGCAACUAAUUAAUUGUUUAUUAGUUUCUACACUGUAACCUUUUUUGUUGGUGAAUCAGACACUGUUUACAAACAGUGCUAUCCAUCCCUUAAUGAAGCAGUCGAUAUGACAAUUACUCAAAGACGAUAAGCACUUUAGGACAAGUUCCUGUGGGGAUUGGAGGAAUUCUGAAAUUGAACUCCUUUGACUGGCCUCUGGAUCAGAGAGCAUUCUUGGGUUGGUAUUCUGCUGAGAGGAAUUAUAGAAUUCUGAUGGAUUUACCGAAAUCCUGACUUUUUUUGUAUACCAUCUUUAAAUUGCAAGUGAGAUUUUUGGAUUCAGAUAUUUCUGCAUAUUGAAUGCUGAAGUGUGAAAUUAAUUGGUGAAAUCAGGGACAGGUGUUUUUUUUCCGUCAUUGUGGAGAGAGUGAAAGGCAAACUCUCACACAGCUGGGAAGACAUAUUGCGGAUCUGUACAAUCCAGUCACACCAAAACGCAAAUCAGUCGGGGGAGUUGGGUUUCUGCGUGCGUGCAAACGGACAUGUACGAGUAAUCGCAUGCAAAGCCGCCCGUACUCGCAGUCAGACAUCAGAGCCAGCGAUGGACGCGUCGGGCUGCGUUUUCUGAGGGACCACCCGCGUGCCUCAGACCCGCCCGUCUGCUCGGAAGAACCUGCUGCACACGUACCUUCAGCGCCGAAAGACUGACGCGGCCCCUCCCCCAAGUUAAUGAUGCGCACUCCGGACCCCCUGAGCCACGCCCCGGCGGAGGCUCUCCUGCACGCCCAGUUCGGAGGCUGGGGCGGAGGCGGAGCCGACGGGAGCGGGAGCGGCGGCAACGGCAACGGCUCCCCCAACAGCCCGGGCGGAGGGGCGGCCCCCACGGCCUCCAGCUACGCCCUCACCCUCACCCCCACCCACCUGCACGUGCAGAGGCUGGCGCCGCGGCCCGGGAAGGAGGGCCGGCUCCUGCUGCCCCUGGCGGAGCUGGCGGGGUGCAGCUGCCCGCGCGCGCCCGCGCCCCCCCUGCUGGUGCUGUACUGGUACCCGCCCGGCCGCCGGCGGAAGGGCGUGUCCAGGCGGCGGCAGGUCCGCGCGUACCUGGCGGAGAGCCGAGCCGAGGCGGAGAGGUGGUCGGCCGCGGUGCAGUGCCUCCUCAGGGGGAUGACCGUCAGCUCUACCACAGAAUUCAGCAGAAGUCUGCUUCCCCGCCCUCGUCGCUUGCUGCUUUUGGUCAAUCCGUUCAGUGGGCGGGGCCAGGCCAUGCAGUGGUGUCAGUCUCACAUCCUGCCAAUGAUCAGAGAGGCCAACAUCAGUUACAACCUCAUCCAGACUGAGCGGCAAAAUCAUGCCAGGGAGCUGAUCCGGGAGAUCUCUUUACCAGAGUGGGAUGGGAUCAUCAUCGUCUCUGGAGAUGGAUUGCUACAUGAGGUCAUCAAUGGCCUGAUGGAGCGUCCAGACUGGGAACAAGCAAUAAAGACACCGGUUGGCAUACUGCCCUGCGGCUCUGGCAAUGCCCUCGCCGGCUCAAUUAACCACUACGCGGGCUAUGACAUGUGCCUUCGGGAGCCCCUCCUGCUCAACUGCUGCUUCCUGCUCUGCCGGGGCGGGGUGAGGCCCAUGGACCUGGUUUCCGUGACGACCAGCCCCGCCUCUUCCCAGAACGGACGCCCGGCCCCCAGGCGCCUCUUCUCCUUCCUGUCGGUGGCCUGGGGCUUCGUGUCGGACGUGGACAUCGAGAGCGAGCGCUACCGCGGCCUGGGCUCGGCCCGCUUCACCCUGGGCACGCUGGUCCGGCUGGCCUCCCUCAGGUCCUACAAGGGCCGGCUGUCCUACCUGCCCCCCUCGGCGGUGGCGGCCUCUCCGGACGCCAGCCCCCCGCCGCAGAAACGGCUCCUGUCCCGGAGCAUCACGGAGGGGCUGGAGGGGUUCUGCAGGACCCCCAUCCACAGGACCGUCUCGGACAUGGGCCUGAGCGAGCAGAGGAGCCUGAGGAAGGGGGAGAGGGAGCGGGAGCGGGAGAGAGAGGAGAGGGAGAGAGAGCGGGAGAGGAGGCGGCAGAGGGCGAGGGGCGUCGGGGUGACCAGGGCGAGCAGCCUGGCGGAGGACCGAGAAAGGGAAGGGGCGCUGGAGGCCGAAGAGAAGUCGCGAGCGCGAGGUGCGAACGCGAUGGAAACGGAGGACGACAGCGCGGAUGAAGCGGACGAAGGGAUGUCGGAGAAAGAAGAGAAGGCAGGGCAGACGGAGGAGGAAGAGGAGGAGCAGCUCUCAGAGGGGAACGCCGAGACCAGGGGACUAAGGGACCCCGGUGCUGAGGAAAGUGAGGCGCAGCGCGAAGGCGUUCUGGCAGCGAGGGAACUGAGCGAAGGGGACGGGGUGGACAUGGGGACGGAGGCCGACGAGUCGGAGGGGUGUGACCCGUACCUCAGCCAGCCGGAGGAGGCCCGGAGGAGCCUGCGCAAGAAUUCGGCCCCUUCCAGCCAGAUAGCCAGCGCCUUCUUCGGCCGAGCUCCAGUGCAGAACUCCUCCUCCCCGGAGGACUCGGGCGCCUACUGCGAUGAUGAGAUUGAUGUGAACGGGACGUAUUUCCAGAAGGAGCCCUUUCCCCUGGACGUGGCCCGAGAACGGGCGCUCACCAUUUCCUCGCCCUUCCGCCACUCCCCGUUCAUGUUCAAGCCCAAGUCUUUGGACCAGAACCAGAACGCCUCCAGACCCCGACCGCUCUCCCUCCUCCACCACCCCCACACCAACUCCCUCCCCCCGAAGCUGCCCUCCCUCUCCAUGGCCCUCUCUCCGACGCCUCCCUCGUCACCGACGUGCUCCUCGCCCCGCGCGCCCUCUUACCUGACCCCUCGUUCCAACACGCCCAACUCGGCCUCGUCGUCCCCCUCCCUCCGCUCGCCGUCGUCCUCGUCCUUCACCUUCGACCUCGCCGAACCUGACGGCCCCCUCAAGGACCGAGGUCUCGCCCCCGCUGCCUUCAACCCCCCGCGGGACGACCUCCUGCCGCCCCUGGACCAGCCCCUGCCCACCCGGGAUUGGGUGACCAUAGAGGGGGAUUUUGUCCUGGUCCUGGCCCUCUACCAGACCCACCUGGGAGCAGACCUCCACGCCGCCCCUCAGGCGAAGUUCGACGAUGGCCUCAUCCACCUCACCUUCGUCAGGGCGGGGAUCUCCCGGGCCACCCUUCUGCGGCUCUUCCUGGCCAUGGAGAGGGGGGCUCACCUGUCCCUGUCCUCCCCAUACGUGAGCCACGUCCCGGCCCGGGCCUUCCGUCUGCAGCCCCUCUCCCCCCGUGGGACACUCACAGUUGACGGAGAGCUGGUGCCCUAUGGACCCCUGCAGGCUCAGAUCCACCCGUCCAUGGCCAGGCUCAUCGUCGGUGAUGCUGGAGUAACCAUCACCAGAUUCUGACUUUGGGGGGAGAGGGGGGGGAGGGGGGCACUAAGAGUUUCUUAAAUGACUCUAAUUUGCAAUCUGCAACGGAGGAAAGAGAUUGAAGUAGCCUGAAUUGCAAUAACUACUUUUCUUGGAUUUGCUAAAGGGAUCAUUGCAUUGCACAGAGUGGAUUACUGCUGAUUUUUAGAGAAGGGAUGGAAAAAGGCUCAAUGCACAGCUGUCAGAUUAAAAAGGGAGCUUACUGUCACACAGCUUAGGAGUGUGAACACUAAAGACUGUAAAACAAAUGAAGUGUGUGAAUGUGUGUUUGUGCACAGGUUUUCAUGCAUGUGUGUAUACAUUUUAGUAUAUAUACAUGCAUAGGUGUGCCACCUGUCCCUGCCUUACUGAUGAAUGCUGCCUUUCAAACAGCUAGCGGGAGCCACAGCCUCAUGCAAAGUGGGCCCCACCCACACCUCAUAUAUGCCAUUCCUGAAUCGCCUUGUCUGGAAUACUGUAGAACCUAAUAACAUACCCCCUCCCCCACCUCCCGAAUCAUUUGUGGAAAAAAAAUCCCUUUCCUUUCUCUUGCAAAACUCCAUCCAUAUCGGUCAGACACUCCGUCCACUUUUUGGAAGUCAUUGCCACAGAGCAAUAGGUCUGAAAUAUUUUAGUACUGUGUCAUUGUCUAUAAAUAAAACACAUGAGGGGUAGCCGCUUUUAGAAGAAAAUCCCAACACAGAUUAGAACACUCUUGAAUUUACUUGUUAAAAUACAUCAACCGAUUUUGCUGAAAUCAGUCUAAACGUUCAAAUUGGCAUCAGAGUUGUGGUCGGGACAGGGAACGUAUGGAAGGGGAGAGGGAGCCGACGCCUCGUUUCAGACGAAGUCUUUGUUAAUGACUCAGAUUCUGUGCUCUACUACCUUAAUUAUGCAGUUUGCUUGCGUCCUAAAAUUUUGCUUGUUCUCCGAUGUUAUUUCCUCCCUGCUAAUGCACAUAACAAGGAACUUGUUUAAUAUAUUUAAUGGCUUUGUCACAUGCCUCAGUCCAAAGCAACUGACCAGUUCUGGGACCUGUUCAUUUGGGUCGGUUUAUGGAACAGUGUUGGCAUAUUUCUUUGUUUAAGGGUCAAAAGAAAACUAAAAUAUUGGCAGCCUUCAUGUAAACACUGAUGUUUACUGAUUGGGUAUGAAGUGUGUCUCCUAGCAACCAUUAUGCUACAGGCUAGUUGCCCGUGGUUUUGACAACUUAGAAUGAAUUUGGGUGUCUCUUCUUGUGCACCAUGUUUUAGGCGAUGGCCCAAUAAUAAUAAUUGGACAUUUGAAUGAAAAUUGUAGUUCUGUAGUUUUUCAUUUUCAUUACAUUAACUUUAUGGAAAAAAUAUUUACGAAUGAACUGAAUUAUGUAAACUCACAACAAACUGAAACUUCUACUGUUUACCUAAAGAAAAACAGUUGUGCAUUUUACUGACUAGAUUUAUCUGUGGAUUGAUCAUUUUACACAUACUGGCUCUGACGGUGGCCUUGCUAAGAUGAACAGAUCGUCUGUAAAAGAAAAAAUGUUAUUUUGCAGAUUGUUAGGAGAUUUAAAAAAUAUUCUUGACCCUGUGUAGAUGACACUAUCAAAUGAAGGGUGCCGGGCAGUGUUUUUACUUGGUCGCCCUUGGCGUCUGCAGGCUGACUGAUGAUCUCGGAGUAGCACAAGGACUUCUUUAUAUUUCAGACUGCCUAUUUAGUACUGCUGGUAUAGUACAAGUCCUGGAAUGAUUGAAGCAUCAAUCCCUGGUCAUGGCAGAUGACAAUUCUCCAUUCAUGCCAUCUCUCCAGUAUCUACAGGUCUGUUGGACAUGGAAUAUGUGUGUGUUAUAAGCUAAGCACUCUGAUAUUUUGAGGGGGGGGGCACAAUGUUCAUGGGCAUUUACUGUAAACUAACUCUCAGUGGUUUCUUUGAGCCGAGUCAUUCAUGAUGUCAGUUGUGAGAAAUGAAGCCUGCUGAACUAUCACCAUCCACGGCUGGGACUUGAAGCUUUUGUGUUAGAGCAGCUUAAGUCGAGUCUGAUCCAUCUCUCAAUAAUGCCAGUAAAAAGAUGUCUUGUCUAUAGUUGAUUUUGCUUGUAAUAAAAUUUAAUUAUCACUAAUAUAUAUAUAAAUAUAUACAAUGUACAGUUGAUAGCUAUAUAUGGUUAAAAAUGCUUUUUUUUCUCAUAAUAAAUUUAACUUCAAAAGUA